GCGAGCCGGCUGGGCUCAGCGGCGAGAGCAAAAACCAGCCGCCGAAGAAGGAGGGGGUCUUUUGCUGCUUUGAGCAGGAGACUUGUAAUAGGCGCUCAACAGAGGGCCUUCACAUCCCCCCCGCCCAAGCUGUCUUCUGGAGUCCCACUGCAUCCGCCUCUACGGCGGACCGUACCAUGGAGGAGGAGCGCGCAGGGGAGCAGAUGAGACCGCUACUCACCACGGGUCAUGAUGAAGAAGCUGUUGUGGAUACAGGUAAAAUUAGCUCUACUAUCAACACAAAUUUUGAGAAAGAAGAACUUGAAAGUCACAGAGCUGUGUAUGUUGGUGUGCAUGUCCCCUUCGGAAAACAAGGUCGACGGCGUCAUAGACACCGUGGACAUAAACACCAUAGAAGAAGAAGAGAAAAGGAAACUGAUAGAGAAGAUGGGCGAGAAUCUCCCUCUUAUGAUACACCAUCCCAGAGGGUGCAGUUUAUUCUUGGUACUGAAGAUGAUGAUGAAGAACACAUUCCUCAUGAUUUGUUCACUGAAAUGGAUGAACUUUGCUUUAGAGAAGGACAAGAAUAUGAAUGGAAAGAAACUGCCAGAUGGCUGAAAUUUGAAGAAGAUGUAGAAGAUGGUGGCGAGCGGUGGAGUAAACCUUAUGUAGCUACCCUGUCUCUCCACAGUCUAUUUGAACUCAGGAGCUGUAUUUUAAAUGGGACAGUUAUGCUGGAUAUGAGAGCCAAUACACUGGAUGAAAUAGCAGAUAUGGUAUUGGAUAACAUGAUUGCUUCCGGUCACUUGGAGGAAUCUAUGAGAGAGAAUGUCAGAGAAGCUCUUCUGAAGAGGCACCAUCAUCAGAAUGAAAAAAAAUUCAGUAAUCGGAUUCCCCUUGUUCGAUCUUUUGCUGAUAUAGGCAAGAAACAUUCUGACCCUCUCUUGCUUGAAAGAAAUGGGGAAGGCCUUUCAGCCUCCCGCCACUCUUUGCGAGCAGGUCUCUCUGCUUCAAAUAUUUCCCUGAGAGGAGAGAAUCGUUUGUCCCUUCUUCUCCAUUACCUUCUUCCUGGAUCUCCAGCGUCCUCAAGGAGAACAACCCCUUUACCUACCCCACAAAGCACUCCACCCUCCAGUCCUAGGUGCGAUCAUGAGACAACCACAAAUAUACAGCCAGCUGAGCUUCAGGGUGCCGAACUUCUAGUGUCUCCUUCUAGUGAUGAUAUCCCUAAAGUAAUAAUCCAUCCACCUGAGGAGGAUUUAGAAGCUGAGGAAAAUGUGGAGAAGAUGACAGAAGAUAAUAAUGACAUAACAUCAGGACUCCUUGCAUCACCACAGUCUGCUCCUGGUAAUUUGGAUAUUGGAAAAAGUGGGGAAGUUAAAAGUAGUGGAGCAGGAGGAAGUAGAGAAAACAGCACUGUUGAUUUUAGCAAGGAAUCUGCCUCCUGGCACUGUAGUUGUGGCACACUUGGUGUGGGACUCAAGAGGUCAGCUGUAGAUAUGAACUUUAUGCGGAAGAUUCCUAUAGGGGCCGAGGCAUCAAAUGUCUUGGUGGGAGAAGUGGACUUUUUGGAGAGACCAAUUAUUGCUUUUGUGAGGCUAUCCCCUGCUGUACUUCUCACAGGUCUCACAGAGGUUCCUGUUCCUACACGAUUCCUUUUUUUGUUGCUGGGUCCAGCAGGCAAAGCACCUCAGUACCAUGAAAUUGGACGCUCAAUAGCAACACUUAUGACUGAUGAUGUUUUCCAUGAUGUUGCUUAUAAAGCCAAAGACCGAAAUGAUCUGUUGUCUGGCAUAGAUGAAUUUUUAGAUCAAGUGACUGUUCUGCCUCCAGGAGAGUGGGAUCCAUCUAUACGAAUUGAGCCACCUAAAAGUGUUCCUUCUCAGGAGAAAAGAAAGAUACCUAAAUUUCCAAAUGGAGUUGUUUCUCCUGGAGAGUCUCUUAAAGAAGAAGGCCAUCAUGCGGGACCUGAGCUACAGAGGACUGGAAGGCUUUUUGGUGGUUUGAUACUUGACAUCAAAAGGAAAGCACCUUUUUUCUUGAGUGACUUCAAGGAUGCAUUUAAUCUGCAGUGCCUGGCCUCGAUUCUUUUCCUAUACUGUGCCUGUAUGUCUCCUGUAAUCACUUUUGGAGGGCUCCUUGGAGAAGCUACAGAAGGCAGAAUAAGUGCAAUAGAGUCUUUAUUUGGAGCAUCAUUAACUGGGAUUGCCUAUUCGCUUUUUGCUGGGCAACCUCUAACUAUACUGGGAAGUACUGGACCUGUACUAGUGUUUGAAAAAAUAUUAUUUAAAUUCUGCAAAGACUAUGGGCUUUCCUAUCUUUCCCUACGAACCAGCAUUGGCCUAUGGACAUCAUUUUUAUGCAUAUUGUUAGUAGCAACUGAUGCUAGCAGCCUUGUGUGUUACAUCACUCGAUUUACUGAGGAGGCUUUUGCUGCUCUUAUUUGCAUAAUAUUUAUAUAUGAAGCACUGGAAAAGCUUUUUCAUUUGGGAGAAAUAUACCCUUUUAAUAUGCACAAUGACCUCAAUAGACUGACAUUGUAUUCAUGUGUUUGUUCAGAGCCUCCAAAUCCCAGCAAUGAGACACUGGUGGCAUGGAUGAGAAAUAACAAAACUGUAGAAUCUAUACCAUGGGCUAAUCUCACAGUUGAGCAAUGUAAUGAUCUUCAUGGAAUAUUUGUUGGAUCAGCAUGUGCCCACCAUGGUCCAUAUUUUCCAGAUGUUCUUUUUUGGUCUGUCAUAUUAUUCUUCACAACAUUUUUCCUCUCCUCUUUCCUCAAGCAAUUCAAGACUAAACGUUAUUUUCCCACUAAGGUGCGUUCUACAAUAAGUGACUUUGCUGUGUUUUUAACAAUAGUGAUUAUGGUUACCAUAGAUUAUCUUGUGGGAGUUCCUUCUCCUAAACUUCUUGUGCCUGAAAAAUUUGAGCCCACACGAAGUGACCGGGGGUGGCUUAUAGAUCCUCUAGGAUCUAAUCCUUGGUGGACACUUUUGAUAGCUGCAGUUCCUGCUUUACUCUGCACCAUUCUCAUUUUUAUGGACCAGCAAAUUACAGCAGUUAUUAUCAACAGGAAAGAACAUAAACUCAAGAAAGGUUGUGGCUAUCACCUGGAUCUGCUCAUGGUUGGCAUUAUGCUAGGUAUAUGCUCUGUCAUGGGCUUGCCUUGGUUUGUGGCUGCAACUGUUCUUUCUAUAAGUCACGUGAACAGUUUAAAAGUAGAAUCUGAGUGUUCUGCUCCAGGAGAACAGCCAAAGUUCUUGGGAAUUCGUGAACAGAGGGUGACAGGAUUAAUGAUUUUUGUUCUGAUGGGUCUGUCAGUGUUCAUGACCUCUAUAUUAAAGUUUAUUCCAAUGCCAGUUUUGUAUGGUGUUUUUCUUUAUAUGGGAGCAUCCUCACUAAGAGGCAUCCAGUUUUUUGAUCGUAUCAAAUUGUUUGGGAUGCCUGCGAAACAUCAGCCAGACUUGAUCUAUCUGCGUUAUGUGCCACUCUGGAAGGUCCACAUAUUUACCGUAGUUCAGCUUACCUGUCUUGUACUUCUGUGGGCAAUUAAAGCAUCUGCUGCUGCUGUUGUUUUUCCUAUGAUGGUUUUAGCUCUUGUUUUCAUUCGCAAACUUAUGGAUUUGUGUUUCACCAAACGGGAGCUCAGUUGGCUUGAUGAUCUUAUGCCAGAAAGUAAGAAGAAGAAGGAAGAUGACAAAAAGAAAAAAGCAAAGGAGGAAGCUGAACGAAUGUUUCAGUCAGUGGACAGUGAAACUGUACACCUUCCAUUUGAAAGAGGCGAUGUGUUACAAAUUCCUGUGAAAGCUCUAAAAUACAGUGUUGAUCCUUCUGUUGUAAACAUAUCAGAUGAAAUGGCCAAAACUGCACAGUGGAAGGCUCUUUCCAUGAACACUGAGAAUGCCAAAGUAGCAAGAUCUAACUUGAGCUUUGAAAAAGAAGACAGUGUGAAAAUAGAAAUUGAAAAUACACCAGAAAUGAAGUAUGUAGAUGCUGAAACCUCAUUAUAGAAGCAAAAAGGGUAUAUAUCAUUUUAUAGGAUAUACUGACUUCCAAGCUUCUUUCGAGUACUGAAACUGAACUCUAGAUACUGUAUAUGAAGCAACAAGUGUUUCAGAUAAGAAGUGGCAAUCACUUGGGAAAUAUUUAUUUUAAUGGAAUAGUUAUUUCAUUUUUUUAAAUAGGAAAAUUGAAAUUGCUUUUUAGUUAUCAGUAAAUGUCAAAUCACCUUUAAUUGUAAAUUAUUGAUCUGCAUUAUGUAAACAUUUUGAGCAUGUAGCUUUUUUAUUAAACAAUAUAAUUUAUUACAAUAUCCACAAACUGUUUUCAGGCAAUUACUGUUUGGGUUUUUGCAAAAUGUUAUGUGUUUCCAUUUCCAUAGAACAAACAUCCAAAAGUGCCAUUUUGUGAAUGAAUGCAUUUUUAAAACCUUUCCUCACUUCAUGAUGGUUUUUAAUGGGGGAUUUAUUUUACACUUAUAGGGAUCCAUUUCUGAAAUCAUAAAUUAGCGCAGUAUUAGAAAACAUUAUUCCGUUACCUCUUUUAAAAGAAAAUAUACUCCUGUCUAAUUCUUCAAAGUUUUAAUCUUCAAUUUUAAUUUCUAGUAUAUCACAUAGUGGUCCUCAUUCAGUGAUUUGUUAUUGAGGGUCCAAAACACACUGCAGAAAUAAUUCAGUUUGAUACCACUUUAGCUGCCCUGGCUCAGUGUUAGGGAAACCUGGGAACUGCAGUUUAUUGUGGCACCAGGGUGCUCUGAUAAAGAUGCUAAAUGUCUCACAAAACUAUAGUUCUCAUAAUUCCUUAUCUUUGAGCCAGGGCAGUUAAAGUGGUCUGAAACUGGAUUAUUUCUGCAGUGUGUUUUGGACCGAGCUUUCUUCUUCACCUUGCAUGUUUUGUACAGACAGAUUAUACUGUGUCCAGUGAGAUGGAUUAAAACUGCUCACUACUUCUGGUUUAUGGAUUGGGGCACAAAUGUAGGCUCUGUACCUGUUUUCUAAAUUUUAAACAGAGUUGUAUUUUUAGUUACAUCUUAUGCUCUGAGUUCUCUUCUGCAUAUAAUUGUCAUUGACCUUAUUAGGCUAAGUAUCUGUUGGAUUUAGUAUAAGAUUCUAAGUUCUAGCUAUGCAGUCAAGAUUUCUUCUUAAGGGAGCGAGAUACACUAGAUAAUUACACUGACACUCCUUAGAGAAAUGCCACAUUUGGAACUGAAAUUUACUUGUAAGUUAGAGCAAAAGCUCUUCUGAUGUUAGAAAUGUGCAUAUGAAGCUAUCCAGUAUUGAAGCAGACAUCCUAAGCAAGCCUCUGAAUUGUGGGACUAUUAUGUUUAGCUUUGAAGUGUUAGAAUUGUAUAUUAAAUAGCUUUUUUGUUUUUUAGGGAUGUAACAAUUUUAUAUGAAGUUGAUUUUAUUAGAUAUCACAUUAUUUUUAUUCAUUUUCUUCCAUUUUGUGAAUAAAAUAAUACUUCCCUGCCACCCAUUAAAAAUAAAAUACAAAUAUCAUUAGUCACAUCCACCAUGUUCUUACAGUAUAUAUUCUUACAGUUCAUUUUCCUCUUGAAUACUUUAAAGUACAAGCUUCUCUUCUUAUAAACCUAUUUUCCCAUAUGCAGUAUCUAAUUUGUUAAUUUUUAACGGCCCAAGUUUUAUGAUGUGAUAAGUAAUUAAAUACACUUUAUUGUCUUCAUGAAUGGGCUAUCAUGGGAAUACCAACCAAUGUAGAUAGUGCCCUUUUUAUUUUGGGCACUAAUGAUAGAACAAGUAUGAAAACAUAUGUGUUGUAUCUAGACUUGUGCUCAGUGGCACACUGCUGGUACAGAGGAAAGGAGAUAACUCUCAGCACUCUCUACAUAAAACUUCAGUGUGUUCCCAUUUAUGUCAGUGAGUUCUAAAUGAAUAUGGAAUAGCUUUGUAUUACUUUAGAAUAAUGCAGCGUAGUUAAACUACAUAAAGGGCAUGUCAAACUGGGAGGCAUCACCUAUUUCCAAAGCAUACUGCUUUGUUACCUUACUAGAGUCCAUGGUAUAAAGUGCUGGGUGCAUCAGGAUUUCAUCCAGCCAAUGUUAAACUUUAUGGCUUUACUCAAGCUCCCCAUAUACAGUGUUGCACAGGGAGAAUGAAGUAAUUAUACAUUUGUCUCUUUGAAGUUAACAAGGGCUUUUAACUGUGACUGAAUAGUAAUUAGUACGCUAGCAUGAACUUGAGUUAUUUUGCCUAAAGAUAAAGUUUAUAAUAGCUAAUAUUCCUUUGAACAGGGGAACAGCAGCAACCAAAGAAGUGGUUCACUGGCAGGAAUCACCAACUGCUACCACUGUCAGAGAUGUUGAAGUGGGGAAAUUAUUUUUAGUGGCAGCCAGAGGGACGUGAUGAUGGAGGUAGAGGAUGGUCAGCACUAUCCAAGUACAUUGCUAAUUACUUGGGAGCCAUUGGUGUGCAUGAGCCACCUCUUAAUAAGUUUCCAGUAAGAAUGUGUUUUCCACCCCAUCCCUGGUGGUUGCCAGGCACCUAGUGAUUCCUCCCACGAAACCACUUCACUAAUUGCUCUGAGCAAGAAUGCUAUUCGUAUGAAAGUCACAGUAUGAAGAACUUUAACAACAGCAACAACAAAAGUGUUGUUGCUGAAACUGCCUGAAUUCUAACAUAAAAAAUGCUUGACCCUCCUCUUUUUGGCAGCCUCUUGGAAUUUCACUUACUGUGUCAUUAGGAUAAAGAAAAGUGCAUAUCACUUAUGCUUUGUCUGAGGCUUGACAGUUAGGUUGCAGUGUGGUUUAGAAAUUGUAAGUACUUUAAAUGCAGUUUGCAUCAUGACAGAGGAGAUUGUACGUGACUCGCGUGCAAAUAUCCCUGACGGGAUAGAUGCGAGUUUAACUGUCAGGGAUGGAUCUUACUGCACUCUCCUGUGGUCAGGCCAUAGGCAGCCCGUAUGCAGCCUAGGCUUAUUAUGUGGCUUUUCAAGAAUGGGAUUUUCCUGUUCUUAAAAAGUUACAGGACAAGCCUGGGUUGCAUACAAGCUGCCUACGGCUUGACUAUGGGAGAAUGCAGUAAGAUCCGUAAUUGACAGUUAAAUACACGUCUAUCCCAUUGGGGAUAUUCACAUGCGAUUCGCAUGUUAUAAUCUCCAGAGUUUUUAAAAGGUCCUUAGUAUAAAAGCAAAUUCUUCAACAUAGCUAAAGCAACUAUAGAUUUGGACUGAAACAAGUAAGAACAUGCAAUGACAUUUUGAAAUGCAACUUAAAGUGUUAUUGAAUAGUGAGUGUGACUUUUAUUGUAAAAAAUGCUGCUUUGAGUGUAUUUUGAGCUCACAGACAAGGUUUAAAUCAGGAGCCAUAAACGUGUAGAGAGUUGUAUAACUACAAUAGACUGAAAGUUGGUUUUUCAGUACCAUCAGUUUUUCAUUUAUACUUAGCUUUGAUGUGAAAUUUUAGAAACAACAGAACUGCUAUUUUCAUUCCUGGAUGUCUGAUAGCUUGUGCCUUAGUCUUCAAGAAACAUGCACUUUGUUUAUUUGAAAAUCAUGAUCAUCUGUUGCCCAUCCUCAUCUUGUAAGCAUAUGGUCUAUGUCUUUUACAGUUACAUUUCAAAAUUUUGAUCUGAUAUAGUCAAAAACGAAUCAUGUAUAUAUGACUUUUUACAGAAUUGUUCAUACUUGUCUUCCAUGACUUGCAGAUUUCUGUAUUCAGAGCUGUGCAUAGCUGUUUGCAAAGACCCAAACAGAUUGUCCUGAAUUGUAACCCUUUGUUUUCAGAGCAUAGAAUUCCAUAAUGCUGAACAGUUCAUACAAACUCUUCAGUGCCAAAGGGUUCGUAAUUUUGGUAAUUUAAAUGAAGAUCUGAAACCUAUUUAGAAUAACAGUAUUUUUUUUUAAUUAUGUACAAAUAUUUUCCAAUGCCAGAAAUAUCCUGACUUACACUGCAGUUGACAGUGACUAUUCCAGUGCUGGUCAUUAGUGUCUUGUUACACAUUUUAAUCUCUUUGAUAGUCAAUAAGUCCUGAUGACAUGCCAACCACUCUAGUAGUAACUCGGGUUUAACAUAAUCUACUGCUUAUUUUACCUUAUAUAAAUAUUAUUUCCUCAUCUCUAAAAAUGAUAGUAUUAAAGUAAAACAGUGAAGGAAAUAGCUUUUACUGUACGUAGGUAAAAAUGUUGCCUUAAAAGGUGUAAAUUAGUAAAUUUACUUUGCACUGAUUCACCUUGGGGUAAAACCUAAUUUAUAGCCAGUACAUUUGCUUUAAACAAGUAGAAUAAGCAGCUGAAUACUUUUUUAGAUGCCUUGAUAGCCUCCUGGGUGAUAAGCUAGGGUGCUUCCAGACAGAGGGCUCCUCAUGUUACUAAAUAAAAGGCAUUGUGCAGCUGUUUGGUGUUCUCCUCCUCCCCCCAAAAAAAUUUGGGGGGGGGGGAAUAUUGAAGAAAUGUUGAGAACCACAACAGCUGCAAGGAGAAGACAUACGCUAGAAUCCUCUUGGUGAUAUAUACAGGUGUAUGCCUGCAUAUGUAUUUUUUUUUCACAUUGUGGAAGAAGGCAUCCUGCACUUGCUUCUGCAAUGCCCCUUGCCCUUGCAAUUCUCUGCUAUAUCCCCCUGACCACUGACUGGCUGCACAGAUUUAGCCAGGCAUGUUCUAGCUGCUCUUGCACAUCUGGGGUGUUGCUCUAGGCAGAGGCUGCUCCUUCUUUCCCUAGUAGACAAGGACAGCUAGAAUGUACCUGGGCACUCUCCCAUAGCAGAUUAGUGGCCAAGAGGAUGAAGCAGCUGCACAUGCAAGGGAGCUGUUUUUGCACACCUGAGGAAGAAGUGGGAAAGGGAGCAGUUUCCACCCCUACAUAACAACAUACAUAUGCAGGAGGAAAUUUGUGUUCUGCCAACGUACUUACUGGAUCUCAAUCAUUGAUUUCUAGAUCCUUGUGCAAGUCUAUUUGAGCGACUGCACGAUUAAAAGCCUUAUCCGAAAGCACUCCUAGUUUACUUUGUCAGUGGCUGUAUUUGCCUCCCAGGAAAUAUGGUUUUUCUGAUCUUUUUUUAAAAUGAUUUUUUAAAACUGUGUUUUACAAGAAGGAUGUCUGAAUUUUAAUAUGGUGUAGACAUCUUCUGUAUUUAAUUUUUUUUAAGUAUCACAUAUAGAAUACAAAAUUUUAAUAUCAUGCUUUUUGAUGUAGGAACCUGAAGAACUCUGUGUAGAUAUGCACAAACUGCUCACAAUCCUGUUCUUACAGUGUUCCAUACUGCAAACUAUGUAAGACUUGUUAUUCCUGAUUAUUGAGUGUACAAAGCAUGUCAGUCACUUAGCAUCCAUCAGAACAUUUUCUCCUCCCCCCCUUUUAUUUCAAAUGCAUUGAUCCCUAUGUAUAAAAUGUGUCCUUUAUAAAGGUAAGUUUCAAGUAUAAAAUAUCAUGGAUAGUUAUAAUGCAUUCUUAAAAAAAAUGCACUGGUCUGCAUUGUUUAAAAUGGUAUGUAUUAUACAUAUGUUUUGUAAAUGAUUUGUCUUGAAGUCACCAGUCUGCUAACAUAAUGAAUGUAUUUUGUUAAGUUUGGUCAGUAAUUUAAUGUUUUUAGAAUUAGGUAGUGAGAAAGGUGCAAUCCAUUACCUAACACAAUACAAAUAUUGUGAAUAACCAUUUAAUUUAGUGAACAUACAGGCACAUAGUUGUGUCAAUAUAUACUUGUAUUCUGAAUAUAUAUUUGUCUUGUGAUUUUACUAUUUGGUUUUUUUUUAUUUUGUAACUUUUUAGCAAAUUAGUCAAUUAUAGGAAGGUGGUUACAAUAAUUGGUGUAAAAUAAAGGUUUUCAUAUUUAGUAUAUAUUGUCACUAUUUGGCAGUCCUUGAGUAACUUAUUUAAUAGCCAAGUUUUUAUAAUGCAAUUUAUUAGUAAGGAGAUGCCUCCUUUACUAUUUUGUUCUCAAUGUUUUAUUUUGUAAGUGUGUCUUCCAGUGUUCAGGACAUCUAGCUGAACAAUAACCUGUACUUUGAUUUGAGGUGUAAUGCCACACUUCAUUCCAAUUUUUAUGACAAUUUUCUAAUUACGCAUAAGAUUUCCUUUUAUAAUAAAAUCCAAAGCAAGUUAACACUGCUUCAGAUGUGGAAACAAUAUUUUAUUAUUUUAUAUGGUUACAAAUUUUUCUCCAAUAUGUAAUGUGAAAAAUCCAGCCUUUAUAAUUUGUUUAAUGACAGUUGCAAAAACUAUUUUUUGUAAUUUCAAAAUGUUGACAAAAAGCAAUAAAAUAUCACUGACUUUAA